AUCCUCGGUUCUCACAUUCUCCCUGUGCGUGCGAGGUCCACAGAGGCCUCUCGUGUUGUCGUGAUCUUUCCAGCAGGGGAGAGAGUCUCCCAUGGCGAUUUGUCAAGACGAGAAGCCGCAACCUCUCCCACCUCCUUCCAAGCAAGGAACGUCACUGAAGAGGAAGGAGAAGCUGCUCUCUAGAAAGCCACUGGGUCUUCAAGGAGCUUCCUGUAAGCAGGUUCAGCAAGGAACGUCGCUGAAGAGGAAGGAGAAGCGGCUCUGUGGAAAGCCAUCGGGUCUUCAAGGAACUUCCAAUAAGCAGGUCAUCUGUUGUGGUUUGGGUGAGCUGAAAAGCUUCCAUUUCAGUCGAAAGAGAGAGAGAGCUGUGGAUGACGGAUAUCGUACUGAUUCUGCAAAUGAUGCCAUGGAGCGAGCUAAAAGAGUUCGGUCUACUCUAUCGCCAGAGUAUCCAGUCAUGGUUAAGCAUAUGCUACCAUCACAUGUUACCGGUGGAUUUUGGCUGGGUCUCCCAAAGCAAUUCUGCCAAUUGCAUUUGCCACAGCAAGAUGUAACUAUUACUUUAGAAGACGAAAGCGGCAAAGGUUAUGGAACCAAGUACCUUUGGGGGAAGAUGGGACUGAGUGGUGGCUGGAGAGGGUUUUCCAUUGCUCACAAUUUGCUGGAGGGCGAUGCAUUGGUUUUCCAAUUAGUCAAGCCAACCUGUUUUAAGGUUUACAUUGUGAGAGGAAGCGAUUUCAGUGAUGUGGAUGGGGCUCUUGGCCUCCUUAGUUUGGACCCCCGCUUAAAAACAGGGGAUUCUGCAGAGAACGGCUUCAAGACCUGCGAGAUACCGGAUGAUGAUUAUUGGAAGCCUCUCACAAAGGAAGAUCCUCCAGAAAACUCUCAAAAUGACAACUUAAGAGCCUGUGAUGCACUUGCAUUGCCCGUCACCGACCAGGUCAAGAGCGAUCCUGGAGAUCCUGUCUCUGAAGUCCUCGAUGGAAUCCGGUUCUCUGAAAAAUGCAUCGCCUUUAAAGAUGUGAGAAGUGUCGAGAACUUUGAGAUAAUAGCCAAUGACCUAGUCAUUGACUCCGAGCUGUCCGACCACUUCAGACUCAAAUACUACGAGCUUUGCCGGAGUCAAAAGUCGUAUCUGCAUGGUCGCCUCCUUGAAGGGUUGAACUACAAACUUGCUGCCGGUAUAAUCUCGGAGACGGUGAACGUAGCUGACGCGAUCCGGGCUUCGAGGAUCACGACGUCGAUGAAGGAAUUCGAUAUCCGGGGCAAGACAUUGAAGGCAUUUCAGGACAUGGGCAUGGACGUGGGGUUUUUGAGAGCCCGGCUUGAGCGGCUCCUGGAGCUCGCAAUGAGGUCAAACAGGUAUAGAGAGGCGGAGAGUGAACGGGCUUGGGUCGAAGAGGAGAGGUGCAGGCUCGAGGCGAAGCUCGCGGAAGUAAGAGAAGCUGUGAGCAGGCUCAAUGACGAGAUCGAGAGUUUGCGCAGAGGGAGCGAUGACCUCGAGACGGCAUUUGAACAAGUUGCUAGUGCUCCUUGGUGAUUGUGAGCUUCUCUGUUUUGGCUUUUUGACAUGCAUUCUUUUGGAGGAGAUGAAGAGAUCAUCAUGGUUGUGAAAAGCUAGACAAUUUACCAACAUGUGUAGUGUUGUGAAUCUCUAGUUGAAGGGGAGUCUAUUUGGCAAGAGAAAUGUGUAUAUCAGCCCAUUUUG